GCUGCCAUUGGCCUCCGGGCCGCAGGCGGCAGCAGCGGGCGGCAGGCGGAUACAAUGUAGCGCGCAGGACGGGCGGCGGAUACAAUGUAGCCGGGGCGGCGGCGGUCAGGGGGGAUGCUAUGGAAUAUGAUGAGAAGUUGGCCCGGUUCCGGCAGGCCCAUCUCAACCCCUUCAACAAGCAGCGUGGGGCGAGGCAGCAUGAGCAGCGGGCUGGGGAGGAGGCCCCCGACGUCGCUUCUGAAGCGACCCUGCCUGAGCUGGCCCCUGGGGAGCCGGAGUUCCACUGUGCCGAGCGCGUGAUGGACCUCGGCCUGUCUGAGGACCACUUCUCCCGCCCUGUGGGCCUGUUCCUGGCCUCGGACAUCCAGCAGCUGCAGCAGGCCAUCGAGGAGUGCAAGCAGGUGAUCCUGGAGCUGCCCGAGCAGUCAGAGCGGCAGAAGGAUGCCGUUGUGCGGCUCAUCCACCUCCGGCUGAAGCUGCAGGAACUAAAGGACCCCAACGAAGAUGAGCCCAACAUCCGAGUGCUCCUGGAGCAUCGCUUCUACAAGGAGAAGAGCAAGAGCGUCAAGCAGACAUGCGACAGAUGUAACACCAUCAUCUGGGGCCUCAUCCAGACCUGGUACACCUGCACAGGGUGUUACUACCGCUGCCACAGCAAGUGCUUGAACCUCGUCUCCAAGCCCUGCGUGCGCUCCAAAGUCAGCCACCAAGCUGAGUAUGAGCUCAGCAUCUGCCCGGAGGCCGGGCUGGACAGCCAGGACUACCGCUGUGCCGAGUGCCGGGCGCCCAUCUCUCUGCGGGGUGUGCCCAGCGAGGCCCGGCAGUGUGACUACACAGGCCAGUACUACUGCAGCCACUGCCACUGGAACGACCUGGCGGUCAUCCCGGCGCGCGUGGUGCACAACUGGGACUUCGAGCCCCGCAAGGUGUCGCGCUGCAGCCUGCGUUAUCUGGCACUGAUGGUGUCUCGGCCGGUGCUCAGGCUCCGGGAGAUCAACCCUCUGCUGUUCAACUACGUGGAGGAGCUGGUGGAGAUCCGGAAGCUGCGCCAGGACAUCCUGCUCAUGAAGCCAUACUUCAUCACCUGCAAGGAAGCCAUGGAAGCGCGUCUGCUCCUGCAGCUCCAGGACCGGCAGCAUUUUGUGGAGAACGACGAGAUGUACUCGGUCCAGGACCUCCUGGACGCGCACACCGGCCGCCUGGGCUCCUCGCUCACCGAGACCCACACCCUCUUCGCCAAGCACAUCAAACUGGACUGUGAGCGGUGCCAGGCCAAGGGUUUCGUUUGUGAGCUCUGCAGAGAGGGUGACGUGCUGUUCCCCUUCGACAGCCACACGUCCGUGUGCAGCGACUGCUCCGCUGUCUUCCACAGGGACUGCUACUAUGACAACUCCACCACGUGCCCCAAGUGUGCCCGGCUCAUGUUGCGGAAGCAGUCUCUCUUCCAGGAGCCUGGUCCAGGCGUGGAUGCCUAGAGCCACGGGCACCCUUCCCAAGCCUCUCUGGAGCCCACCCUACCGGUCGCUGCCAAAGUCAAGGUGUUUCUUGUGCUCUGGACACACCUAGGGCACAGCCCCUGGACCUCACCCGCUGGGCCAGAGGGUGCAAGCACCACAAAGACCAUCAGCCCCAUCUUGCUGGGACUCAGGGCUGUGCCUGGCUGUUUCCUGGGUGUGCUGCUGUGAGGGCCAGAAUGUGCCCUACCACUGCAGGACUCCAUGGGCAGGGGAGUGGGGGAGGGUUUUCAUCUUCCCCAUGAAGAGCCCCCCAUGUCCUUGGAGCCAGGCUGCUGGGUCUUGGCUACCCUAAAAACCCUGGAGGGCUUCCGGGAGUGGCUGACAUGACCUGAGGACGCCAGCUGCACACCCUCAGCCCUGGCCUGAGGUGGAUGAUUGGGAUCUACCUGGAGGCUCACAUCCUCCACCCCUUGUCCCCUUGGGGUCUCCUGGUCUUGGCUGAGGCUCUUUACAGGUGUCUCCGGGGCCUGGCCCUGCCUCCACGGUUCUCUCUUAGAUUAGAGGUCUGGAGAGAGCAGGGAUCGACAGGGGUCACCGGUUCUUUCUACGCAACAUGGCGGGAAGGGGCCGUGGAGCUCUUUCCCCUGGUGCACCAGUGUGGCUCCUGGCUGGGCCUCGCCCGGCUCACUCUGGUGCUGAGCUGGGUGGCUGGGGUCCUGCCCUGGCAGAGGUUCCAGAGGUCACUAGGUUUGAGUGGCAUUUCUGGGGACCAGAUUGGCCCCUGAGAUGGUCUGUUCCACUGCAUUGCCUGUGGAAGAAUCCGGACAGUUCAAAGACCACAAGCCAGGGCCUUUUUGGAGGACCCUGAGGUCCAGUGCUGGGAAUAUUUGCUCCAGUGAGUUCAGGCAGGAAGCCUGGAGUCCAUGAAGAUGAGCAUGAGGUGUGUGACACCCCAUCUGACAAAGGACCCCAGACGGAGGAUGAAGCCCACAGCACUUCCUCGGAGGAGCUGCAGCCAACCUCGACAUCUGCAGGGAGGUUUCAUGCAUCAGAGACCCCGCCUUUGAGGGGAGGCCUGGGGGAAGAGUCCUUCCUGCCCUGCCCUGUGAUUGGCUGUCACGUACAGGUAGUGGUGGUGGGGAGGGAACACCUUCACCUUUGACUAGGAAGCCCAAGAGGAGAGCGGGUCAGCUGAGCUUGUUGGCCACUGGCCGAUGCAAGGGUUGCUCAAGACAGUGUCAUGUGGCGGCUUUAGGUCUGCUCUGACCUGCCUCAGUGUGACAGCGAGAAGCAAGGCUGGUCAACAGCAGGUCCUAGGCCUGCCUCUCUGGUAGGUAGGGUUGCAGAGGGUUUAACCAGUUAACUACUACGUGUCCAAAACGGCAACCAUCCCCACACGCCAUGAUAUUUUGAAUUUAAUUAAAAAAUCAGUUUGCAAUGAAUAUUGUAAAAAUAAAUAUAUUACAAUUUGUGUGUUCUUAAAUAUUGUCAGCUGAAAAUUCUCACAAAAAUGAUUGUAAGGUUGGUCAGAGCUGCCACUUGGGGAAAGCAUUUUUUUUAUAGACACGCAUGGCGUGUGGGGAAGGUCCGCCGCUUGGGUCUAUAGAUGCUUACAGCGUACAACGGGUUAAGGGCAGGUGCCUCCGAUCUGCACCUUUCUCACAGCUGCACGUUUCUGUCAUGGGGACAGAAGCCAUUCCUGAGUUUAUGUGUUAGAAUCAGUGACCAGAAGAAACGUUAGCAUGCUGGCAUUUGUUGGACAGAGUUGGAUUUUUUAUUUUAUUUUUUUAAUCUCCCUGAAUUACCUCCUGCUCCAACACCUCUCCCUUCUGGGUGACCAAGUCUCCAAACAGAAUCACAUGUGGUCUUUCUGAGUCCACAGAGCUAGAACAAGAACCCACAGAGGAACCAGUUUGCACAGCCAGCACCUUAGAGAGGAGCGACGAGGGGCACCCAGCUGGAGCAAUCUGCAGUCACUGACUCAUUAAAUCUGUGUUCUCUAG